CGAUGAGAUUGUCAUACAGAGUGUUUUUGAGUUAGUUAUCUGUAUAGUUCUACAUAUUCUUCACAGGGACAACCUCAUCUAAGAGACGUCCCAACAUAUAAAUUCGAAAAGCAUUCCAUUCAUCCUCAAAUGGAUGUAUCACUACUACAAUGGAGAAUCUUCACUUGAAUGUCUUAAUGACCACACCUGUGCGGAAGCGUCAUGCUCUUCUAUUGGCCGACAACAACAACAGUGAGAAUUCAACCCCGAUCGAUUGCUUGACCAACUCUCCACUAUUUACAACUAAAGCCCUAGCCCGAGAUGUGCCAGCUACACCGCAGGCGAGACCAUCUCAGUGUGGACUGUUAGCAGCUCUGUCCCUGGAACGUCAUGAUGCUUUAGACACACCACCUCUCCGCCAAGACGAUGCGGACAGACGAUUAUUCUUUAAUGUCACAACUCCUUCAAGCAUCUUUAUUUGUGGCUCGCAGGGGUCAGGAAAGAGCCAUACGUUGUCUUGUUUGCUGGAGAACUGUUUGGCAGACUCGAAUGCGACAAUACUACCAAGGCCUCUUUCAGCAUUGUUGUUUCAUUAUGACACCUUCAUAUCUGAUGACGGCGGAUCACCUUGUGAGGCAGCAUUCCUAGCGUCGUUGUCUGGAGUUCAAGUGAGGGUUGUAUGUGCUCCAACCAACAUACGCACGAUCCAGAAAACAUAUCAGCAUCUGAAUGUCAAUGUAGAACCACUUCAAAUCGACAGCUAUGAUCUCAACACAAAACGCAUCUUGGAUCUCAUGGCUGUCAAACCAGAGGAAGGAAGUAUUCCUCUUUAUGUUCACACAGUCAGUCGCAUAUUGAGAGAGAUGCGUAUGUCUCAACAAGCGACUGGCGCACGAUUCGACUACCAGACAUUCAAAACAGAGAUUUUGGCGGCAGACCUUUCGCCAGCUCAACUUGCACCCCUUAACCAACGCCUUGCCAUGCUUGAGAGCUUCAUGCCACCCAUGGGAGACAUGAGAAAGGGGGAAAAUAAAAAAAGCCACAGAGGUACAACAUGGAAAAAUCAGCCUGGCUUACUGACAAUAGUCGAUCUCUCCUGCCCUUGUGUUUCGCCAGAGACUGCUUGCUCGUUGUUCAACAUAUGCCUAAGUUUGUUUCUUGAACAGAAAAUAGUCUGCGGUCGUGUUGUUGCUCUCGAUGAAGCCCACAAAUACAUGACCAGUUCUCCAGAAUCAUCGGUACUCACAAACUCCCUCUUAUCGACCGUGAGGCUUCAAAGACAUCUUGGAGCACGGAUAUUUGUGUCUACUCAAGAACCGACGAUAGCACCAGCCUUUUUGGAUCUCUGCACUGUAACCAUCAUACAUCGGUUUUCCUCGCCUGCUUGGCUGCAUGCCCUCGACGCUCACAUUGCACUCAUGCAACAGCACGAAUCUGACUCGAUCGCUCAGCGAGACAACCAUUCCAAUAGUCGGAAAGAAACCGCGAGGGAAAUCUUCAAAAAAAUCAUCCAGCUCAAACCUGGCGAAGCACUUGUGUUUGCGCCUAGCGCGAUGACAGCUAUAGGUAAUGUGGAUGGUUCCUCCGUGGAUGGCUCAACGAAAUUUUACAUGCAGGUCAGGAUCAGAUCGAGACUAUCAGAUGACGGCGGAUGUAGCGUACUUGCUGGUUAAUUACGAGUCGUCAUAUCCUUAGCUCAUACGCCAUGAGUGAUAGGUGGGUGCCUACGAUCGCUUUAUUGCUUUCAUCACGGAUGAAGACGUCAAGACGUAUCACCAUGACCUAUCAAGGGUCUCCGCAAUGUAGUCCACAGAAUCAGAGUGCUCUGUUCAAUUGAGACAGAGUUUUUGCAGUUGUAGCAUCCGUAGGCACCAUCCGUAUCCAAGUUGAAUCUGAUUUUCCCAUUGUACCUAGCCUGUGGAAUGCUGUGAAAUAU